GUCUACUCGCUAGACACGACCAUGUUUGCAACCGGUGGAUCCGAACAACCUGGGAAUAACACUGGAGAUAACAAGUACUUGGUCAAAAUCUGGGACACAAAGACCGGCGAGCUUGUCGCUACUCUCAAAGGACACACAGAUUCGGUGUUGUGCCUGGCUUGGACCCCAAAUGGAAAAAACGCUCAUCUCCGGGUCAUUUGAUGACUCAAUUAGGACAUGGAGUAGUACAACCUGGAAGCAGCUAGCAGUGCUGGAAGGGCACGCUACUUCUGUCCGAUCCAUUGCAAUUGCAGUUUAUCCAAAUGGCCGCAUCCUCGCAAGCGCAUCGUGGAACGACACAGCACAAUUAUGGAACCUCGACAACAACCAGCCCAUCAGUUUGCCCCUCGAACAUACAACCAUGGUGUUUUGUGUGUCAUUUUCGGCAGAUGGAACGCUACUAGCCACUGGCUGCGACGACAAAAAUGCGUACACUUGGGAUGUUUCUGCGAUAGUAAAAGGAGCUGGCCUCGACGAACUUCUAUUGGACCAGCACGACAAGUCCCUACUUGUUGCUGAUGCUACACAACAUCCGGUCCGUCAGCCAAUCAAGGUCUCCAAUCGCGUACCCCAAGGGUUCUUUGAUGACACACCACAUCGUGCUCGCUCUUCUGCGCGACUCGAUCCCAACAAUACGCCAUCACGACCCCGCAUUUUUCACUGGGUUCGAAACCUUUUCUCUGCCAGACUCAGUAAUGCAGAAAUCGAGCUGCGUGAGCGUGGCUCAGCGGUCGUCGACGUUCCGUAUGCCAAGGGCAAACGUAGGAACGCGUCAGCACGAGAAAGACGGAUGAUAAUAAUUCCACUGAAAUCCAAGAAACCUGCUGCAAGCACCUCAUGCCGUCCCAAUAAUAACACCACGCAACAAUCUACUGGUGCGGCGGCCCAAACAUCUUUGCAAACACAGGCUGCCGUCUCCACGUCCUCCACCGCACUUCCCGUCGCUAACACAACUUUGCACACCAAUCCUAACGCAACAAUGAAGAACGUUGGACGCUGGACUCGUUUCUGGCUGUUUUUUUGUUGUGCCUCUCCCGAGUAUACCCAUGAUCAUCUUUAAUCUAUCCCAUCCGUUUUCUUGUUCUUUUCCCAGAUCUUUGCCAGUACAUACAAUGGAGACAUAAGAAACUCUUCGUGGGGCAGUAAAA